UACGUCGUAGACUUGUAUAGAAGGUAUUCGAUUGAUGUGACAAGAGGGUGAUUUAUUUAAUAUUUUUGUUGGUGGUUUUAUUUUGUGACAAAAUUGUGCGAGGUGUGAUGUUACUCGGAGCGAUGCCGGAAGACUUGGUGGUGCCUACUGGCAAGAGCCAGAGGGCUACGGACUUUUCGAUUGCGGCUAUUAUGGCGAAAAAUGCUAGUCCGUCGGAUAGGGACAGUGUUGGUGGUCGCGAUUUACCAACUGAUGGUGUGUCCCAUCUGAGUUCGCUCGAAGACGAAGAUCCGCUCGAAGACGACGAAAUCGAAGUGGACGUGGAAGAAUGUUCCGAUUUAGAAUCGACCAUCAACCGGCCGCCCAAAACUAAAACCAGGCGUCAUUCGCCGUCCGUGUCGGAUUGCGGUUCCGAACCCGCCGAUCUCGAUCGCGACAGUCCGGACACUAUUCCCGAAAAAGCACCGUCACCGCCGAAAAAACCGAAAAUUCUUUGUAACUGUGAGGAACUGUUAAAUGUCGAAUGUCAUUUGGAAACCAAAGACUUGUGGGAUAAGUUUCACGAUUUGGGAACGGAGAUGAUUAUUACUAAAACUGGCCGGCGAAUGUUUCCAACAGUACGCGUAUCAUUCACUGGAAUCAGACCGGAUCAGAGAUACGCGGUACUCUUAGACAUAGUACCUGUCGAUAAUAAAAGGUACCGGUACGCGUAUCAUAGAUCUUCGUGGUUGGUGGCAGGAAAGGCCGAUCCUCCAGCACCUGCCAGAAUUUACGCGCAUCCAGAUUCGCCUUAUUCAGGAGAACAAUUGAGAAAACAAGUGGUGUCUUUUGAAAAAGUGAAAUUAACAAAUAAUGAAAUGGACAAAAAUGGACAGAUUGUGCUCAACUCGAUGCACCGGUAUCAGCCGCGCAUUCACAUAGUGAAAUGGCGCGAACAUUCUGGUCCUAUCACCGAUCUGGAACAGGAACAAUAUAGGACUUUUGUUUUUCCUGAAACCGUUUUUACUGCCGUGACAGCGUACCAGAAUCAAUUAAUUACGAAAUUGAAAAUUGAUUCGAAUCCUUUUGCGAAAGGAUUCAGGGAUAGUUCGAGAUUGACUGAUUUUGACAGAGAACCCAUGGACAGCAUUUUCAUGGACCAACACUUCCUCCGCUCCUCCUUACGACUCUACAGCGGCGACGGUAUGGACGCUGAAAACAACAACGCCAACUCCUUCUUUUCCGCUGCAAUGGUCGAAAAGGCACGAGCUCAUCUCCAAAUGUGGAACCGAGCUGGUGCCGCAGCUGCUUACAAUCCAAGUGAACUGCAUGCUUUUCUACUAAACAGCUCCAGUCAGCAAAUGUUUUUGGGCCAAAGAUCGCCGGUGCCUCUUGGCCUCUCCAGUCAUUUGUGGAGUCAAACUGGAGGUUUGUGGCAGAAUCCUAUUCAUCAAAGCGUUCCGCCUGGUUUACUGGGGUCUUCCAGGCCUCAAAUAACUCCUCCGCCGGCGUCUACGCCUAGUUCUUCUGGCUCACCCAGUCCCACUUCAAUGACUUCGUCAGAAUUAAGACUGCCAAAACCAAUGUUUGCAUCAACAAUGCACCAUAGGUUUAGUCCUUAUGCUUCGUCAUUAUCUCGGUCAGGAGCUCCAUCACCCAGUUCUCGACAAGGUCACUGAUAAUAGCACCUUAUAACGAGGUUUUUUGGAUUUAGUUAAACCAAAGAGUCAGAGAGUUGACGUUAAAUACAACAUUGUAAGAUUCUUCGUGUAAAUAAAAAUGUUAGUUUAUUUAUUAUGUAUGCUAUAAUGGGAUGUAAAUCCUCUAUUGUGUUUAAUUGUAAGAAAAGACCAGUAUUAUUAUGAAAGGUUUUCUUUAGUUGACGUAGGAAAUGUGUUGAUUGUUCCUUUUUUGUAUUGUGGCUCUGGCGCAAAGGAAUUAUAGUUGAUAGAAUUAUUAUAGUAAUAAAUGAAAAUUUAUAAAACAAAUUAAGUGCUUUUAAAUUUAUGAAGAAAAAAUGUAUCCGAAUUAUUUUAAUAGUUCAAAGUAAUAUUUUACGUACUUUUGUUUCUUUUUGUGUUUCUUUAGAGCCAAAUACUGC